AUGUGGCUGGUUCAAAACUCUCUGGAUCUCGUGAGACGAGUACUGUUAAUGAUUCCCAAUAAGGAUAAAACAGCUGUACAAUGCUUCUCAGAUUUUCCGCCCAGAUUGAAAUCGUUCAGCUGUAGCACCUUUUGGGUGCCUUAUUGCCAUGCCACCGAAGGAAGCACGAGGGUUGGGAUACUGCCAGGAUGCCCUAGCCUAGACAGGGGAAGUCGGGAGGCAGAAGUCGGGUUCGAACCACGGACCUUCCGGCCAGUAAAUUCACGCUCUAACCAUUUGAACCAUCUCGCCCCCAUCUGGCCGCACUUUUCAUGCACACACACACACACACACACUUCCCUUCUAAUCACUCCAAAUAUCAGUAGGCGAAGUCCCCGAGUUUCCAUCAACCUUCUGUUCUACUUGAACCCAAAUUGGACCGUUUUCGAGAAAUACACUCAGUUGCGAAUCAGUUCGGUUUUCACGCCGCCCCAUGUAUCAGUUGACACGAUAUUCGAGAUAUCGCACUAUAUUUUCAUAAAGGAAACUACUCACAAGGCUGUCGAAGAGUUUUCAGCAACCUUGCACAUUGGUCCCAGUGUGGGACAUACAGCUAAGCCUUUGGGGCGAGUGCGUGUUCAGUUUGCUCGGAAAUUGGGUAGCUACGCAGUGAACGCGAUAAUGGUGAUGCGCGAGCCCCACUGCUUGCGUGAUUGGGCCAAUUCUGUCAAUGUCAUUAACCAAUGGUGA